GUUGUGAAAAAUAAUAUCAACCUGAAGGAGACUUGUGAGAAAGAGGAAUGCAGGGUGGCUCUGGACCGCAGUGCCUGUCUCAGUAGUGAGAUGUCCAUGAGUCAGCAAGUCAUCCAGGACAAGGAGUUCUUCUUGCGGAUCCCCUUUGGAGUUGUGCCCAUGGCUGCUGGUCCUGGCACUGGGCACUGCUGGGAAGAGCCCGGCCCCGUCCUCUUGGCACCCUCCCUGCAGAGUCGACAACUGGAAUCGGAAACUGGAACGACUGAGGAGCACAGCCUCAACAAGGAGGCUCGGAAAUGGGCUACCCGGGUAGCCCGCGAGCACAAAAACAUCGUCCACAGUCAGCGGACACUUGAAGAGCUAGAAUACCAUGGGCCUGGGACGUCUGAGCAAACUCGAGCAGAACUGGAGCAGAAAAUAGAUGAAGCCAGAGAAAGUAUUCGCAAAGCUGAGAUAAUUAAGCUGAAAGCGGAAGCCCGUCUCGAUCUGCUGAAGCAGAUCGGUGUGUCUGUGGAUACGUGGCUAAAAAGCGCGAUGAACCAAGUGAUGGAAGAACUGGAAAAUGAGCGCUGGGCCAGCCUGCCCUCGGUGACCAACAACGGCUCUUCACACCUGAUUAAUGCUGAUGCAGAAAAGGAGGAAGGUGAAGAGUUUGAAGACAACAUGGAUGUUUUUGAUGACAGUAGUUCUAGUCCUUCUGGUACUCUAAGGAAUUACCCGCUCACCUGCAAAGUUGUUUAUUCAUAUAAGGCUUCUCAGCCCGACGAAUUGACCAUAGAGGAGCAUGAGGUAUUGGAGGUUAUUGAAGACGGAGAUAUGGAAGACUGGGUAAAGGCACGGAAUAAAGCAGGUCAAGUGGGUUAUGUGCCAGAGAAGUACCUGCAGUUCCCGACAUCCAGCAGCCUGCUGAGUAUGCUACAGUCCCUUGCGGCACUGGACAGUCGAUCGCACACCUCAAAUAAUUCCACUGAGGCUGACUUAGUCUCGGGCAGCCUGAAUGGAGACUCCAGUGUCUGUUUUGUAAAAGCACUUUAUGAUUACGAGGGCCAAACAGAUGAUGAGCUGUCCUUCCCGGAAGGAGCGAUCAUCCGCAUCUUGAACAAGGAGAAUCAAGAUGAUGAUGGCUUUUGGGAAGGAGAAUUCAACGGACGCGUUGGGGUGUUCCCAUCGGUAUUAGUUGAAGAGCUUACGGCCUCAGAGAACGGAGAGACUCAGUGGAUUGGUGAUAUUCAGGUAUCCCCGACUCCGAAGCCUAAUAAUGCCCUUCCACCGCUGCCGCUGUAUGACCAGCCACCCACUAGUCCCUACCACAGUCCGGAUAAAAGAGGUUCUCAGUACUUCCCCAGAUCACCGUCAACUAACGAAAACAGCUUCAGUUCAGAGUCCCCUGGAUUCUCACAGCCUCCGCGGAUUCCUCCCGAAACUUCCUAUGGCAAACUGCGACCUGUACGAGCAGCUCCACCACCCCCUACACAGCAUCAUCGCCGGACAACAGAGAAGAUAGAGGACGUGGAAAUUACUCUGGUGUAACGCUUGGACUAGUUAAGUAGUAGUGCUACAAUCAAGACCAAACGCGGUAUUUGGUCGAUCUCGUUUUUAGGCACCUUUGCAUGAUGAAGACUUUUAAUAGAGCAAGAGAUAGGGAGGAUUUUAUGUGGCAGUGACAUGGUGGAUUCCUUCCCACGGUCAUGAAUAUUUUGUGCCUUUUUUUUUUUUGUUUGUUUGUUUGUUUUGAUUUGUAUACGUCAUUCUUCCUCUCUUAGCAC